AUGGCGAUUGACAAGUUCACGAAGUGGCCCGAGGCAACUGCAGUCGUGAAAGCCAACAAGAACUCGGUGCUCAAGUUCAUCAAUCCAAAUCGGAUCAUCACCGAUAAUGGAACCCAGUUCACCAGCAACCUCUUUGGUGAUUACUGCGACGACAUGGGCAUCAAGUUGUGCUUCGCCUCCGUCGCUCAUCCUCGCAGCAACCGACAGGUGGAGCGAGCCAACGCAGAAAUUCUCGAAGGGUUAAAGACCUGGACCUACAACGAGCUCAAGAAGCAUUGGUCUGGAUGGAUAGAUGAACUCCCUGCGGUGGUCUGGGCAAAUCGCACCACCCCGAACCGAGCAACUGGGGAAAUACUAUUCUUUCUUGUGUAUGGCUCCGAAGCAGUCCUCCCUGCCGAAGUGACCCCGGGAAGCCCACGCAUUAGGGCCUACCAGGAAGAAGAUAAAGAUCAACGGUGCCAACAAGAUGUUCUCUAUCUGGAGGAAGUUCGAUGCCGAGCGGCACUGAAAGCUGUUCGUUAUCAGCAAGCCCUCCGCUGA